AUUCGGACCUGCGUGACAGCGCGUUGGUCCGCGACACGAGCCGCGGGCCGCGCGGGACUACGAUCCCCGCUCCCACGACAAUAUUGAAAACUUUUGUUGUUGUUGUAUCGUCCCGUCGUUCCGCGGAGCGCCGGCGCCCGGCUGCUCGUUGAGGGCGCCCGUUAGCUCACCGUGACGACGGAGCGUUAGCACAAAGAGAACCCGACCGGUGCGCUGCCGUGGACGGGUUCUACGACCCCGCGGUCCGGGGGGAGGGGUCGCUCUCCCGGGGCCACACGCGGACUUUAACCCGCUCCUCGCGCGUGUCGCGGCGGACCAGCGGCGCGACGGCAACUUUUACAUGUAGUGCGUUAGCACGUCGGCUAGCUCGCUGCCCAAUAGCAUCAUGCGAACAAAGAGCGACAGCGGCUAGCUCGUUAGCCUAAUGAGGCUAGCGGCUAGCUAGCGGCUAGCGGCUGGCUACCGGACGGACGGACGGACGGACGUCGGUUCGCUGCAGUUGUCGGUCGUUGCGGCGGGUUCGACCCGCUGUCCUUCAAAUGAACACAAAGGAACAUAUUUUGAGAAAAAAGUGGCCUGAUUAUAUAUUUUUUUAAUGGCGGCGACUCGACGACACACGGAGCCGGGGCUCUUUGAAGUUGACUUGUCUCCUGUGGGACAGAUGCUGUUCCGUCGUGAAAACAGAAAUGUAAGAAUAUUUCUCCUGAGCCCGACCGAUAUAUCGGUUGGCCGAUCAUAUCGCCGAUAGCAGCCCUUCACAGACAUGUCGGUAUCGGCCGAUAUUAUCGUCCGACACAUGUGAGCCUGAAUCUGCAUGGUUUUACACGUCAGAAACAGUUGUCAGAUUGAAAAAAUGCCACGCAAGAAGGUGACGGACAUCUCAGGGAACGGUGGUGUGAAGAAGAAGAGGGUCAGCGGGAAAAGGAAAGAGAGAGACUUCAGCAGUGACGACGAGUUUGAUUUUGAGCAGGAGAACAACAAGAAACCUGGCAGACCUGCCGCCAAGUCUGGUCUGCAGCCCGUCACUGUGGCAGACGACGUCAAAGAGAAAAUUAAACUUGAGUGCCCAAAGGUAAAAGGUCAACUGCUCAUCUUUGGAGCAACCAACUGGGAUUUGAUUGGAAGAAAGGAGGUGCCCAAACAACAAGCUGCAUUUCGCAACCUUGGCCAGAAUCUGUGGGGUCCUCACCGCUACGGCUGUCUGAAUGAUGUCCAGGUCAGCUGUGUUGUGUCUGGGCCGUGUGCUGCACACAGUCUCCUCAUGACCACCGAGGGCCGGCUGUGGAGCUGGGGUCGUAAUGACAAAGGUCAGCUGGGUCAUGGCGACACCAAGCGCCUGGAAGCUCCCAAGUUGAUCGAGGCCCUGGCAGAACACGUGAUUGUGACUGCAGCCUGUGGACGCAAUCACACCCUGGCACUCACAGAGGAUGGCACUGCAUACUCUUUUGGUGAGAACAAACUGGGUCAGCUUGGCCAAGGCAACCAGACUGAUGCCGUCCUCAGCCCAGCACCAAUCUCCUACAAUGGCCAGCCCCUGGUGAAGGUGGCCUGUGGUGCAGAAUUCAGCAUGGUGGUGGACUGCAAGGGAAACCUUUACUCCUUUGGCUGCCCGGAGUAUGGACAGCUGGGUCACAACAGCGAUGGGAAGUUCAUCGCUCGUGCCCAGCGCAUUGAGUUUGACUGCGAGCUCAUUCCUCGUCGGGUCGCCAUCUUCAUCGAGAAGUCCAAAGACGGCCAGGUCAUGCCCGUGCCGAACGUGGUGGUCCGAGACGUGGCCUGCGGGGGGAACCACACGCUGGUGCUGGACUCUCAGAAGCGAGUAUUCAGCUGGGGCUUCGGAGGCUACGGUCGUCUGGGCCACACGGAGCAGAAGGACGAGAUGGUUCCUCGACUGGUCAAACUCUUUGACUUUCCCGGACGUGGUGCGAGUCAGAUCUUUACAGGCUACCAGUGCUCCUUUGCUCUCAAUGAGAUGGGGGGGCUGUUUUUCUGGGGGGUGACAAACACUUCCAGAGAGUCCACCAUGUACCCCAAGUCUGUGCAGGAUCUGUGCGGCUGGAAGAUCCGCAGCCUGGCGUGUGGGAAGAGCAGCAUCCUUGUCGCCGCAGAUGAGAGUACGAUCAGCUGGGGCCCCUCGCCCACAUUCGGAGAGCUGGGAUACGGAGAUAACAAACCCAAAUCCUCCACCACCGCCCAAGAGGUCAAGACCUUGGACAGUGUCUACGUAGAGCAGGUGGUGAUGGGCUACGCUCACUCUCUGGUUAUUGCCAGACAGGACACUCAGCAGGAACAGGAGAAACUGAAAAAGCUGCCGGAGUAUAACCCCCGAACAAUCUGAUCCGGCAACGGCGACACCUCGACCUCCUUCACUGGGCCAGAGACCAGUGCUGCUCAGCAGGGACACCUGUUGGACAUGGUGGUGCACCAGUGGGAUGGUUGAGUUGGGGGGUAUGGGGAGAGUAUUGUGGCAAUAUUAUUUGGGAGCGUGUUUGGAGAUUUGUAUAACUGUAUCCCAAUCCUCGUGUGCGUAAUCAGAUUUUUGUGUGUAAAAGAAUCUGCUAAUGCCUACAGGAAUCUCUCUCGUUGUGUAACUAUCUGCAACUAGCGAUUAUUUUCAUUAUCGAUUAAUAUUGUUGAUUAUUUUCUCGCUUAAAAGGUUAGUUGUUUGGUCCAAAAAAUAGUGAAAGCUGUCGACCGUGUUUCCCAAACCCA